AUGAUAGACGAGUACCUGGCAAAUACACCACCUGCGCCAGACCUUGCGACACCCGAAUUAUGCGAGCUCAGAAAUCAAGUGCGGAAGGUUAUCCAAGAGUUGGAGAAAAACGAAAUUUGCCGCCGACGACAAGUUCGAAUGGUGGAGAAUUUCCGUGUGCCUGAUCCAACAAGCGACGGUGACCAAGAGUUGGUCACAUUAUUGGCCUCAGUAGAAUGGGGAUGCGCUAACGAAGAGGAACGACGGCCCUUCAAGAUAAUGCUAGAGUUUGGUCCUGACGGGGCGUACGUCGAGACACACACGGCAGAACAUGACGAGGAACGGGCCCGGCAACCAACACAAAAGGACGACGGGGCUAAACAAACAACCGCGACGGGCAAAACAACGCCCAAACGAAAGGUUGAGGAAAAGAGACACGAGGCCCAGCCUAAAGGAAUGGAUGACAGCGACGCCGAAGUCCAAUCAAUCUCGAGCGAAGCCCUUAAGAAAAGGCCACCCACACCGGGAGCGUCACUCAUGCAAUCAAGCAGCCGCCCUGAGAAGCGUUCUCAGCCGGAAGGAAAGGACGCCACGGAAACAGCGGGCAUAUAUAUGAUACAGAUAGACUCAGUAUCCGAGGCGGAGACAGUGGUAGAACCGCCGAGAGCUACAGCGUCAAACACGUUCCAGCACCCAACGAAACCGAAGGAGCAGAUCGUUAUAGGGGUGAGCGAGCGGAAGGCAGCAAAAACGGCCAACAAGCGCAAUCGCGAGCUCCAAGAAGCGGAGAAACGCGGGACAAAGCGCGAGAAGACGGACCGUCAACGACGCCGCGAUGAAGACAAGCGCCGCGCCAAAGCGAAGCGCCGCAAUCGCGAGGAAAAACGAAGCUUGACGCGGGACGAGACUUCCGGCGCCAAGCUGACGGGGAGUAUGCGACCGAGCACUUCACUACAGCCGCGUCGCCUGAUUAAACAAUCACCCCGGGUAAUACUGCGCAGGUUGCCGGAUGCGGAGCCACGCGCGGCACAGCAGGAACGAGCGGUGGAAGCAACGCAGCCGCCUCAUGCAGACCCGGCAGCGACGUCCGUGCCAAGGGAGACUGAACUCCCAUGUAUGCCGCCCACGCCGUUGAUGUCGGCACUACAGUUGCCUGUAAUGACUCCCGCGCUUCCUCCGAUUACAGACUCGAUCGCGGAAUUCAUAAAUUACAAGUUCCCGAUCGGUCCGGUAGAACAGCCUUCCGACGACUUCGAGUCGCCGUCGGGAGAAAGUGAGAGCGAGGAUGACGAGGCUUAG